AAAAUAGUCCUACUCCCACAAUUAUAAGCUAUCUCAUUUGCCUUUAAUUUUUCGAAAAAUUAUAAUAUCAGUUCCCAGUAAUUUUUCCUCCUUCUUUUGUUAGAUCUCAGAAUAAAUUGUUGUUGAGGUACAAAAAUGGCCUCAAUUUCUUCAAGUCCUCGAAGUGUAGAAGAGAUCUUCAAAGAUUACAGUGCUCGUCGUGUUGGGAUACUUCGUGCUUUAACUGAUGAUGUGGAUGAAUUCUAUAAUCUCUGUGAUCCAGAGAAGGAAAAUUUGUGUCUUUAUGGACAUCCAAAUGAAACUUGGGAAGUCAACCUUCCUGCGGAGGAAGUUCCACCUGAGCUGCCAGAGCCAGCACUUGGGAUAAAUUUUGCUAGGGAUGGAAUGAAUCGUAGAGAUUGGCUAUCCCUGGUUGCUGUUCACAGUGAUUGUUGGUUGCUUUCUGUGGCUUUCUAUUUUGGAGCUCGUCUUAAUCGAAACGAAAGGAAGCGUCUAUUCAGCUUGAUCAAUGAGGUGCCGACUGUCUUUGAAGUUGUGACCGAAAGAAAACCUAUAAAAGAUAAGCCCAGUGCAGAUAGUGGGAGCAAAUCACGUGGUAGUAGCAUAAAGAGAUCUAGUGAUGGUCAGGUGAAAAGCACCCCAAAGCUGGAAGAUGAAAGUUACCAGGAGGAUGAAGAAGAACACGGUGAAACACUCUGUGGAAGCUGUGGUGGGAAUUACAGUGCUGAUGAAUUUUGGAUUGGCUGCGACAUCUGUGAGAAGUGGUACCACGGCAAGUGUGUGAAGAUAACACCUGCUAAAGCUGAGAGUAUAAAGCAAUACAAAUGCCCGUCUUGUACCUUGAAGCGGAGCAGACAGUAGUCCUCUCAUGAAUCAGAGAAAGAGCCAUAAUUCUAUUUCUGGCCAUUAACAGAAGAGUACAGCAAAUAUUACACCUGUAAUGGACAUGCUAUUGUAAUCUUUCUUUACCUAUAUAUGCUCAAAAAGAAGUUGAAGUUUCUCUUAUUUCCUUCAUCCAUCUUCAGAAUUUAACACAAUCUCAAUACAUAUUUAGAAAGUCUGUUAAUUUACUCUACUUCCUUUAUCAUGUUAAAUUAUUCACAGUUAUUUGUCAAUGAAAUACAUAGUUAUGUUGAUUA